AGCCCACUCGACCUUGCUGCUGCGGCUGCUACUGCAGCAGGCCGCUUGAGACAUUUAGUCACUUCUUGGAUGUGAUCGCGCUCGCACGCUCCGUUUCCUACUUCGCCCGCGGAGUGAUUUAGUCAACAACGCAUAAAAAUCGGUGUGGCGUAAGCAAGCUUAAGCGCGUAAGGUUAACAGUGCCACAGUGAGAGAAACCGAAAAGGAUUGUGGUUGAUCGGUGUCAUAGUCAAAUGAAGAUGCUCUGUGGGCUACAUUGUAUGUGAUAAUGAUUAGAUAAAUGAUUAAAAGGUGUGGUGAUUUACGUCAAUACGAAAAUAAAAAGGUGUUAUUGAAAAAUAUUAUAGUGGUCUCGUGUGAGGUGAUAGUCAUACAGCUGAAUUCGAUUUCUUCUUCAAGUGAAAGAGUGAAUGAAGUAACCAAUUGAGCUGAAAUAUUACUACCUUGGCAAAGAGAGAAUAUCAGAUAUGGAUGCCAAGGAAAUUGUUCUUAUCACAGGUGGCGCCGGGUUCCUCGGUCAACAUUUGAUCAAAACCCUGCAGGAACGUGACCCCAAGGUGCGCGAGAUUCGUGUCGUCGAUUUGAAGCCAUACGAAAAUACACUCGGCCACAUCGACACCCACCGGGUCGUCUCGUACGUGGGUGACAUUUGCCAACCGUCCAAGAUUGAGUCCGCAUUCGAGGGCGUCGACUGCGUGUUUCACAUGGCGGCGUACAUCAACUUUGACUUCCCGCCCAACCACCAGGAGCUGCAGCGGGUCAACGUCGACGGGACGCAUGUGGUGAUUGACCUGUGCCGGAAGUACAACGUGCCCCGAUUGGUGUUCACCAGCGAUUGUCUGAUCCACAUGACACCGUACAUGGGCCGGGCCAACUUCACGAUUGUUUGCAACCAAACUGAACCGAAGACCAAAGUGCCCGCCAAGGAGAGCGAGUUUCAGAUCCCGGGCUACGCGCCGUCCAAGCUGAAGGCGGAGAAUUUGGUCCUGGCGGCGAACGAUACCCCCACGGAAAACGGAAGUAUGCUGAAAACGAUUGCCAUUCGACCACCGGUGGUAUUCGGCGAAGGUGACCAGCGAUUCAUCCCGACCAUCAUCAAGGUUGCCCUCCGCUUCGGUGGCGAAAUUCCCAAGAUCGCCGGUCCCGGCGGCAAGCAGCAGCUGGUCUACGCGGGGAACGUGGCGUGGGCUCACCUGCGCGCCAAGGAAGCCGUCGUGGCCAAACCGAAGGAAAUCGCUGGUCACCCGGUGUUCGUUACGGACGAGUCCGGAAUCGAGGACACCACUCGCUUCUGUCAGCGCUUAUCCCGAGCUAAUGAAACGCUUAAGCUACGACCGUCCUGGUACCAGAUACCGCUGUUUCUGUCCUUCUUCCUGGCGUUCCUGCUGGAGCUGCUGAUUAAAGCGCUUAAUCCGAUUGUGAAAAUUAAACUGAGCUUUCCCCCGUGCGGGCUGCUCUCGUACAUGUCAUCGAUUCUGCUCUACAAUCGGAUCCGGGCGUCUAUCUAUCUGGAUUAUGAGCCUAUCUACAGCGAGGAAAAAGCAGUCUCUAAUGCGGCCCUCUGGUAUGAAAAGUGGUACCAGGAUUACUGCCAGCAGCAUAAUCUGAAGAAGCUGAAAGUCAAAUGAGCCUCAGCUAUGUUGCAUUCUCCCUUUGUUAUGGGCGGGAUUGUGGGGCUGAUAAUUGAAAUUUGUUUGUAUAAUCUUUAAGAAUGUAAGCACUUUUUCCCAUUUGGGGCGGAAUGUCCGCCCCAGAAUACUCAAAGGCAUAUCGUAGGGUAGUUUAGAUAAUGUGCAUUAAUAUACCAAGGCAAAAGGUGAACCAAA